AUGGAGGGCAGUCGUCAUACUAUUAACAAGGACUCGCUUUCUGGUCUCGAUUGCCUUGACCGGGCUGCUCUUCCUCAUGUGGCGCGGCGUCAGCAAGUCGGCUUCGGAGAUGCAAAAGUGAGUGAACCGUUGCGAAUCGAGGGCUUCGAAGACUUUCAUACUGAUCUCACUAGUUUCUACUGCUACGGCUCCAGUAAAUCACCGAUGGAAAUGUCCAUCAACGAAAUGGUUGAGUGGAAUGCGCACGCCCAAACCCCCGUCCUCUUCAACCGUCACGAACCUUAUGAAGUCAACUCCACCUCUAUCGAAGAUGUAGACCUGAACCCGAUCAAGUCUACCAUCCAAGCUGUUAAGAACCGUGAACGUGUCCUUAUCUUGACCCCUCUGCGCGACGCCGCUCCUUAUCUGGCCAAAUAUUUCGACCUCUUGUACAAGCUGACCUAUCCCCACGAAUUGAUUGAUCUGGCCUUCCUCGUCGGUGACUGCAAAGACGAAACCCUGGCCAAUCUUGCCUCCGAACUCGAUCGUAUCCAGAACCACGCCGAUGAAAAAGUCCGCUUCCGCAGUGCCACCGUUAUCCGGAAGGAUUUCGGUGCCAGCACUGAGAUGGAUGUGGCUGAGCGUCACUCGUUUGCCGCUCAGGGCCCGCGACGCAUAGCUAUAGGCCGUGCCCGUAACUACCUCCUGUACUCCGCUCUGAAGCCCGAUCACUCUUGGGUGUACUGGCGGGAUGUGGAUAUUACAGACUGCCCCGAGCGGAUCUUGGAGGACUUCAUGGCCCACGAUAAAGACAUCCUUGUGCCUAACAUCUGGUUCCACCGUUACAUAGAUAAUCAUGACAUCGAAGGUCGCUUCGACUACAACUCAUGGAUUGAAUCUGACAAGGGCCGCCGCCUACGUGCAACUCUGCCCACCGACACCGUUCUGGCCGAAGGCUACAAGGAAUACAACACCGGCCGUACCUACCUGGUCAGCAUGGGCGACUGGCGCAAGAACAAAGACGAAGAAGUGGAGCUUGAUGGAAUCGGUGGUGUCAACAUCCUCGUCAAGGCCGAUGUCCACCGCUCAGGCAUCAACUUCCCGGCCUACGCCUUCGAGAACCAAGCCGAGACGGAAGGAUUCGCUCGCAUGGCCAAGCGCGCUGGCUACAAGGUGAUCGGACUUCCCAACUACGUGGUCUGGCACAUCGAUACCGAGGAGAAACCUGGUAAUUUGGGAGACCGCAAAGCGUUCUAG